AUGGCAAAUGGCGUGGCAGGUGGCGGCUCGGCGGGCACUGGCUUCGCCGUAGCCAAGUAUGAUGACGACCUUACAUCUCUACUCUCCGCCCUACUCUCCGUCCUCAGCCUCAACCAAGGACAAGCACCGGCCAGCAGCGGAGCCGUGCCGCUCGAGCACGAGGUCGACGACAAGCAAGUCCACGAGCACGUCAGUGAGGGGGUCAUGCGCUUGUCCUCCGGCAGCGGCGGCUCCGGCGGAGGGGGUUCUCGUUCCAGCAGCAGCGGAUCAAGUGGCGGUUCUGGUUCUCGUUCCGACAGUGGAUCAUCAAGCGGCGGUGGCGGUUCUCGUUCCGGCGGCAGCGGGUCAAAGGGCGGCGGUUCCCGUUCCGGCGGUGGAUCAAGAGGCGGUGGCUCUCGUUCCGGCAGCGGGUCAAAGGGCGGCGGAUCAAGAGGCGGCGGCUCGAGAGGCACCACGAACUAUGAUGAUGAUGAUGAUAGCGUGCUUGACGUGCUCGAUUACGACGAUUCGUCUGCCGGUGCCCGCGGCGGCGCUUGGAAGACUGGAGUCGCUGCCACGUUUCUUGCCGUCGCCUCGCUCUUGUACAUCUAG